ACCUGUAAGGGGAAGAAGGUGCAGUCGUUUACGGGAACCGGUACCUUCUCCGAGUACACAGUGGUUAACCAGAUUGCUGUGGCAAAGAUCGACCCCGCUGCCCCUCUGGACAAAGUCUGUCUCCUCGGCUGUGGGAUUUGCACUGGUUAUGGAGCAGCAGUCAAUACUGCUAAGGUGGAACCAGGCUCCACAUGUGCUGUGUUUGGCCUGGGAGCUGUAGGUUUGGCUGCAGUCAUGGGCUGCAAGGCUGCAGGAGCCAAGAAGAUCAUUGCAGUUGACAUCAAUCCAGAGAAGUUUGAGAAGGCCAAGGUGUUCGGUGCAACCGACUUUGUGAACCCUAAGGAUCAUGAUAAACCCAUCAGCCAAGUAAAUACCCUGGGUAACCCCUCUUUGAACCGCCACCUUAUCAUGGUGGAGGGGUUUGAGUACCCGAAUGAUCCUAGGCGCUAUGCUGUCGGGGGCCAUAUGCCCCUG